AUGAAGCUGGAAAGGAGCUUUGAAGCUGCGUCCAACAAAAAGAGCAUCGCUUUGGUAGCCUCUCUCAUCGUCGUUGCUUUCUUUUGGAACCUGCCUGUCCUCAGCCGCACGUACUACAACCAUUCUAUAAGUGGGGGUGUAUCGUUCAGCUCAAGCAAAGGCGAUGUCAACUCAUGGUGUUCCAUUUCCGACCCUUCCGAGGGCGUCGUCAACGACGGGCUUGACUCGUCCUCCAAGUUCCUGGAUCACUCCUCUCUUCUGAAACAAGUGGAGCGCAUGAGCGCUGCAGUCAAGGUGCCGACUGAGAGCUGGGACGACAAUGAUGAUGUUGAUAAAGACCCACGUUGGGACGUCUUCGCCGAUUUCCACUCGCUUCUCGAGCAACUCUUCCCACUCGUACAUGAGGAACUCAAUCUUGCAAAAGUGAACAAACAUGGCCUGCUCUAUACCUAUCAAGGGACCUCUAAAGACCUCAAACCAAUCCUCUUCACUGCGCACCAAGAUGUUGUUCCCGGAACAUCUCCUGAGAAGUGGACCUAUCCUCCAUUCGAAGGGCAUUAUGACGGCCAGUGGCUGUGGGGUCGAGGUUCAGUUGAUUGCAAGAACAACCUUAUCGGGUUAUUAUCUGUCAUGGAAGACCUCUUAUCGCAAGACUUCAAGCCAAAGCGUACCAUUGUUUUCGCUUUUGGCUUCGAUGAAGAGACGGGCGGUAAACGGGGCGCAAAGGCCCUGGGCAUUGAGCUUCAGAGGUUAUACGGCAAUGACGGUAUUGCCUUGCUCAUCGACGAAGGUGGCAUGGGUCUACAGACGGUCGGCAACUAUGUCUACGCCCAACCUGGGGUAGGUGAAAAAGGCAAAAUCAACAUCAUCCUUACCGUAGACGUCGCCGGAGGCCACAGCUCUAUGCCUCCUCCGAACACCGGGAUUGGGAUAAUGGCCAAGCUCAUCAGUGAACUUGAGGCCCAUCCCUACGAGCCUAGACUUACCCAGGAGAAUCCGUUCCGCAACCUGCUUGAAUGCCAGGUCAAGUAUUCCCCGAACAAAGUCGAGCCAUGGCUUGGAAGCGCGCUGGUAAAGAAUGAAGAUGAGUCGAUUCUCGGAUCACGCCUUGCAGAGAGUCGUCCCGAGGAGCGCUAUACCUUCCAGACGUCGCAGGCCGUGGACGUCAUUACUGGCGGCGAAAAAGUCAACGCACUACCUGAAAAGGUUGUCGCGAUAGUGAACUACCGUGUUUCGGCGCACGAUGGGAUCGAAAAGGUCAAGCAGAAUGCUAUCAACCUGCUUCAGCCAAUCGCUCACAGACACGGUCUCGUCGUGAACCCCUUUGGCCAUAACGGGACCAAAACGGCUAAACUCAGUACCGGCAGCCUCACGUUGACGCUGGAUCAACCCCUUGAGCCUGCCCCUGUCACUCUAACAGAUCUCGAUAACGGGGUAUGGUCUCUUUUCAGUGGCACUAUCCGGCAAGUCUUCGAGGACACACCGAGCCUCAAGGGCAAGACUGUUGUCCCUGUUGGUGGUAUCAUGACUGGCAAUACAGAUACCCAGUGGUACUGGCCGCUCACGAAAAAUAUCUACCGUUUUGAGCCGUAUAGAGAAGGCACAAUGCUCAACUUACAUACGGUCGAUGAGAGGAUCGACAUGCUUACACAUGUGGAGAUCAUGAGGUUCUAUUACGAGCUCAUUCGGAACUUCGAUCAGGCUGUGGACUUGUGA